AAUAAAAUUAUUAUUGAAUUAUCACGACUUUUAAAAAUAUCGCCAAACCGGAAGGACAGCAUUUAUAUGCAAUUGGACAUUAUACAUUUAAAUAUCACAACUUAAUUUUUUUCAUAAUAUUAAUAAGAGAUAACAUUAUAAAAAUUUUAUAUUGGCAUAUCUUAUAACAACUAAAAUAUGAUACACGAAGUUAUAAAAACUAUAAGUGUAGCAAUAAUUUUGUAUUUAUUCAUACUUGCAUACCAAGGGAAUACAAAUAAAAAUAUAUUACAUUAUAUGGUAGCCUUUCUGACUGUUUUUGUUUUAACUACAAUGCAGAUAAAAACUAACUCUACUAAAAAAAAUAAAAAUGAAAAUAUGGAAGAAAAUGAAAAUGAAAAUAUGGAAGAAAAUGAAAAUGAAAAUAUGGAAGAAAAUGAAAAUGAAAAUAUGGAAGAAAAUGAAGAUAUAAAAGAAAAUGAAAAGAAAAAAGAAAAUAAAAAGAAAAAAGAAAAUGAAAAGAAAAAAGAAAAGGAAAAGAAAAAAGAAAAUGAAAAAAUAAAAGAAACUGAAAAUGAAGAGCAAGAAAGUGAAUAUGAAGAGGAAGAAAAUGAAGAGGAAGAAAAUGAAGAGGAUGAAUAUUAGACAUUAGAUAAAAUAUGUAAAAUUUGAUAUAUGGAGAUAAAUUAAACUUAAAUAAUAGAAACAAUAGAUAAUUUUUUUUUAUUUUGUUGAAAAUGAUUGAAUUCCAAAGAAUGUAAUACAAAAUUGGAAAUCUCUACUGUAGAAGUAACUUAAACAUUCAGUGAGUACUCGGUUUCCAUUGCACCCUGUUCUAGUAAAAAUUUAGUAACUUUAUAGUAACUUUUAAUUUUAAAAAUAAAGUCACUAAAUUUUCACUAAAGCAGGGUGCGAUAGUUGACGAGAAUUAUGACAAAUGGCGAGUGCGGAUUUUGGCGCGUAAGGACAAUGAAAACCAAUCGUUUGAACUCAGUCAUGUAAACUCAGCCUAAUUUUAUGAACCCUAUUGUAAUGAACAAAACGACAAAAAAAAUUUAACUUUUUUUAUUUAUUUUAAUAAUAUUCGAAAAUACUUUUUUUCAUUGCAUUCUUUAUCUAUUAUCUAAAUUGAAUUCUCAUCUUCCUCCGUUUCAGAUAUUUGUUCCAUAACCAUUCCGUGUGGACACUUAAUUCUGUUAAUAUGUCCAUCAAUUGAAAUACUGAAUUUUAAAAUGAAUUUUUAUUCUUGAAAUUUUUAAUUUAUUCAGAUACACAACGCCAAAAAGUAAAACUU